AUGCAGUUUGAAGACUACUUCUCGGUGCAGAUCUUCUUCAUCAUUCUCCGGGAGACGAUCGAGAGUGCCAUCAUCGUGUCGGUAUUGCUCUCGUUCAUCCGGCAGAACGCCAUCGACCCGGCGACAGGCGGGCUGCUGGUGGACCCGGGGGUAUACCGGUCGAUGCGGUUGCAGGUGUGGCUAGGGGCGUUUGGCGGACUCGGGAUCUGCAUGCUUGUGGGCGGUGUGUUCAUCACGCUCUUCUACUUCAUCGGAACGGACCUCUGGUCGUACGCGGAGCGCAUCUGGGAGGGUCUCUUCUCGAUUCUGUCGAGCGUGAUCAUCGCCAUGAUGGGUGUGGCGUUGUUGCGGAUCAACGCGAUGAAAAACAAGUGGAAGGCGAAGAUGGUGCGGUCGUUCAAGACACACCACCGGCUGGCCACGUACAACGACGGCAGCCCGAACGUUGCUGCGGAGGCAGCGGAGGCGCUGGACUUGGAUCGGAAGCACGGGAUGAAAGAGAAGUACUUUCUUGCGUUCCUCCCGUUCAUCACGACGUUGCGGGAGGGUCUCGAGGCGGUGGUGUUUGUGGGCGGGAUCGGAGUGAACCAGCCGGCGAGCUCGUUCCCGCUGGCGAUUCUGUGCGGCGGGGCCCUCGGCUUCUUCAUCGGGUACCUUCUCUACAGCGGAGGGAACCACAUGUCGAUCCAGUACUUUCUGAUCGGGUCGACGUGCUUCCUCUACCUGGUGGCGGCGGGCCUCAUGUCCCGCGGGGUGUGGUUUCUCGAGCUCGAGCAGUUUGUGAGGCGAUGCGGCCAGGACACCAGCGAGGCCGGCUCAGGCCCGGGCAGCUACGACGUCUCCAACACGGUGUGGCACGUCAACUGCUGCAACGGGCUCACGGACGGCGGGUGGAUGAUCUUCAACGCGUUGCUCGGGUGGACCAACACGGCCACGUACGGGUCUGUGGCGGCGUACCUCGUGUUCUGGGCGCUGAUUGCCGGCAUGUUGCACGUGCGCAGCGUGUUUGAGAAGGAGGGCCAUGUCGAGUGGCUGCCCGUGCGGUGGCAGCUCAAGUACAUGCGCAAGCGGAUCCUCGUGGACCAGCUGUUUGUGCAGGAGGUGGAGGAGAUCGGCGACAUGGGCAGCAGUGACAACGACGGCGGCGUCGACGUCCCGGGCGGCAGCCACGGCGACCCGGCGGCCGGCGCCGGGGCCAGCGCACGGUGGAACGACACGACGCCUCUUCUAUAG